CGAGCCGCCUUUUCGCAGCACCUUCCUGCCCGCUCGCCUUUGCCCCGAUCUGCUUGGCAACCUCCCGCGGAGGAGAGCGAGAAAGGCGACAUAAUGAAGCGGAGGACAACCACGUCCAGCUCUUCCUUCCGCAGCGCUUCCUCGGGCCCCGCGCGCUCCUUCAGCAGCCGCUCCUACACGGCGGGCCCCGUCGGCGCCUCGCGAGUCAGCACGUCCUAUGCCUCCUCCAGCUACGGGGGAAGCCGCUUCGGCGGCGGCGGCGGCGGCGGCGGCGGCUUCCGAGGCUCGUCCUUGGGCGGCGGCAUCACGGCCGUCAGCGUCAACCAGAGCCUGCUGGCGCCGCUCAACUUGGAGAUCGACCCCAACAUCCAGCAAGUUCGGACCAAGGAGAAAGAGGAGAUCAAGACUCUCAACAACAAGUUCGCCAACUUGAUUGACAAGGUUCGCUUCCUGGAGCAGCAGAAUAAGAUGCUGGACACCAAAUGGAGUCUCCUGCAAAACCAGAAAACUACCCGAAGCAACAUGGACAGCAUGUUUGAGGCCUACAUCAACAACCUGCGCCGGCAGCUGGAUGGCUUAGGGCAGGAGAGAGUGAGGCUGGAUGCUGAGUUGGGCAACAUGCAGGGCCUUGUGGAAGAAUUCAAGACUAGGUAUGAAGAUGAAAUCAACCAUCGUACUGAGAAGGAGAAUGAGUUUGUCCUUUUGAAGAAGGAUGUGGAUGAGGCCUACAUGAACAAGGUUGAGCUGGAGUCCCGUCUGGAAUGCCUGACAGACGAGAUCAAUUUCCUGAGGCAGUUGUAUGAUGAGGAGCUGCGUGUAAUGCAGUCUCAGAUCAACGACACCUCCGUGGUUCUGUCCAUGGACAACAACCGCAGCUUGGACUUGGAUGGUAUCAUUGCUGAGGUCAAAGCACAGUAUGAAGAAAUUGCUGCCAAGAGCCGGGCUGAGGCAGAGAGCAUGUACCAGAUCAAGUAUGAAGAGCUCCAGUCAAUGGCAGGCAAGCAUGGAGAUGACCUCCGCAACACCAAGAAUGAAAUCAAUGAGCUCAACAGGAUCAUCGGCCGGAUACAGUCAGAAAUUGAGGGUCUGAAAGGCCAGCGUGCUAAUCUAGAAGCUGCCAUCACCGAGGCUGAGGAGCGUGGGGAGUUGGCCAUAAAGGAUGCCAGUAACAAACUGUCUGAGUUGGAGGCUGCCAUGCAGAGAGCCAAGCAAGACAUGGCCCGCCAGCUGAGGGAGUACCAGGAGCUGAUGAACGUCAAGCUGGCUCUGGAUAUAGAGAUUGCCACCUACAGGAAGCUUCUGGAAGGAGAAGAGAACAGGCUGGAGUCGGGGAUGCAGAACCUGAGCAUUCAGACCAAAACAACCGGCUAUUCAGGUGGUCUGUCCAGUGGCUUCAGUAGUUAUGGGGGUGGCUACAGCUCUUCAUACUCAAGUGGUGGAUACUCCAUGAAUUCUUCCCCGCUGGAGAGCUCUGCAGUCACCAAGUCGAGGGCCAUUGUCAUCAAGAAGAUCGAGACUCGGGAUGGGAAGCUGGUGUCUGAAUCCUCAGAUGUGCUGUCCAACUGAGAUGCUGUUUGCAUCCAAAAAGAACCACCUCCAGCAGUUUAGAGUGCCUUAAAAUCCAAUGAGCCUUCUUUUAUCUAGCCAGGUCAAAAGGUCGAUGGGAGGAAUGGGGAGGGAAAAGGGCAGGAGAAGGGAUAGUGGGGUAAAUUUUUCUUCUCUCCUCAACCUUUUGCUGGGGCAUCCAAUAUCACAAGGGGGACCUGCAACAAAAUGUUGCAGAGUGGUUGCUCCUACUCAGAUUUCAAGCCAUCUCCCCCACCACACCCCAACAGUUGGGCUGUUUUUCAAUCUAUUUUUCUCUCCCCUAGUUUCCCUACCUUAAAGAGCUGAGAUUCUCCUUAACCUGUUGCUUCAUCUCUUUGUGCUGUUUAGACUAUGCUGUUAGCAUAUGUAGUUUUUUUUGUAUCCCUUCCUCUCCCACCCACCCGGACUAUACACACAAGUGAUUUAUGUCUUAAGUUCCACCUAUGAUUCCACCCCCACCCCCAGGUCUGUAGACACUCCUGUUUACUCAAGAACUAUCAUUGGUGACUUUUUGGGUGCAGGGAGAGAGAAGCUAGGACUGCUCUUAUACCUUCAACUACAGGUUGAAUGGUAGAAAUCAGCAGGCAAAGCUUCUCAUAUUAUACAGCAGGCAGGCAGGGCCUGUGGCCAACCCAUGUUGUUGGACUGCCAACUCUUAUCAACCACAGCCUGCAUGGGCAACAGCCAGAGGUGAUGGGAGUCCAAUAAUGUCUGGAAGGCUACUCGUUCCCAAUCCUGCUGUAGGCCAAAGAGAGAACCUUAGGCAAUAUGGAGCUGCCUUGGUGCCUUAUACCCAGGGGUAAUGAAGCUUGAUGCAAUGUCCUGUCUCCUACAUGAAACAGCCCCAAAUAUAUGACAUGGUAAUUUUCUCUGCCUCCUUGGAAUGUUUUUCUACAUAACCUCCCAAUGCAAGGACUUUUGUCUUUGCUUGAUUCUUUUACCAUGAAGGAUUGUCCCUUUGUGGAAUCCUUGAUGAGCCUCUGUAGAACCCACAGGAGAUUCCGAUUGGAUCACCUUCCCAAUCCCAACUCAUAGGUCCUACCAAAGAUGCUUGUGUGCAUGCAUGCAUGCAUGCGCGCACACACAAACUUAGAAAGUGUUGAAAUCUUCCUGGUCCUAACUAACCUUCACUGCUGACAGGUUCAAGUGAUGCUGAAUCACCCAUCCAGCUGCUUUCCACUGUUGCUCCUCCUGCAGUAGACAUAGCUGAACUUCUCAAUGAAGGCUGAUAUCCCCUGUGCAUUUUUACUAGGAAGGAAGUUCUACUGAAUUCAAUGGGGCUUGCUUUUUUAAAAAAAACAUUUUAAGCAAUAAACACACACACAAAUAAAAAUAAGCAUUGGUACAAACUGUGGCCUUAAAAGUAUAUGUGCGUUCACUCCCCCAAACACUAAGAGUAAAGAGGAGGACGGAAUUAUCACUCAAUCUAACUGGAUGAGGGCAGAAAUGUGUGCAUUUCAUUCUUACAACGCACCUUACAUUACAUUUUAGUUGCCUCUAGCAUGGUUUUGAUGUGGGAGAUGGCUUUGUAACUUCCACCCACCCCCUUUGAAGGGCCAGAAUGGUGGUUAAAAAAACCAGAUGGGGGCACUUGGUUAAGCAUUUAACCAAGUCCACAUUUAAUGCAAAAGUUAUCCCCAAGUGACUCCCAAGUUUGUAGAGCUAAGGCAUAGGCCUAUAUAUGCAUGUUUACUGGGGGGGAGGGGGGCUCACUCCCAUGUAAGCACCAAUAGGAUUUCAGCUGGGGCUUGUUCUUGAUGCCUCUGCAAGGCAGUGUCUUUUUCAUUCCUAUGGGGCUUGUGGAGUAAAGGGGUCAGGAGGAUGAACUGCAUUUCUUUUGUGUGUUGUCUCCCCUCAAAUGGUAUCUCUGCACAGUAAACCUCUCACCUCAGACCUUGUUCAAUAAAAGCAUUAAUUUUAA